GCAGAUCUCGCCGACGAUGUUUGGCGGGCCAGGUAUGUGGUCGAUGACGAGGCGUAUGGCAAACUCCUCCAGAAAGAUGAGAUCGGCACGCUGGAUGAGGUGGAGGUGCGGCAGAAACAUGUCUUUGAGUGCAUCCGCAAUGUGCACAAGGUUGAUCCGCGUCGAGUCGACCACAACUACGAGGUGGUGCACUGCGGCAAGGAGCUCGUUCCGUACGAGAACUACAUCAGGUUUCAAACGACCCCUUUCUCUGACAUCAUGGACGAGCUCACGAGAGCCUUGAAGGAAGGUGACAUGGAGGGCGUCACAAAGGAGUAUGCCGCUGCCAGGGGCGACAUGUCGCGUCGGGUACCCUUUGCCGCGAUGCUUCUGGCAGCUCUGUUGGGGUGCCAGCCGGGGGAGGUGGAAAGGCGUAAAGAGGAUGGGUUUGCGGUGGAGGAGGAUACAUUGCAAGCGAUCCACGACACGGUGCUCGGGCCAACGCCUGAGCGGCUCAGCUUCGUUCGCGACUUUUACGGGAUAGACCAGACGGCUCGGGACUUGUCAGCAACAAUGAAGCGCAAUGCCAUCAAGAAGAUUCUCCACUUAGGCCUCGGGCUCAACCAUAUCGCACCAAAGAAGUCCAACGGGAAAUUUGUUGCUGGCCGGCCCCACCUUUUCAAGCCGCUAUUGUGGCAGGAAGUGCGAGAGAAGUACGGUCAGCUCGAUGAGUACGAGGCGGCACUACCGAUAGAGAGAUGCAUGAUACGCACGUAGAAGUAGCUUCUGGUGCUGGUCGGUACGAG